AUGGCAUAUCCGCAGUUGCUGCCAUCUCGUUUGCCCCUGGGGGGCCCCCUGGGGGCCCCCGGGGGCCCCCAGCGCAGCAGCAGCAGCAGCAGCAGCAGCAGCAGCGGCGCUGCGGAGAAAGAGGCCGACGCCGCGGCCGCAGGCAGGAGAGACGCCCCCGGCAGCAGCAGCAGCAGCAGCAGCAGCAGCAGCAGCAGCAGCAGCAGCAACCCCGUUUACUAUGUGCCCCGGAUUUUCGGGUUUAAGGUCCACCCAGACUUUCGGCAGCUAAUAUUGGAGAGGGAAGAACAAAACAGGAAGCGACAAGCCAUGCUUGCUGCUGCUGCUGCUGCUGCGCCUGCAGCAGCAGCAGCAGCAGCGCCCGAGCAGCAGCAGCAGCAGCAGCAGCAGCAGCAGCAAGAAAGCGACAAGUGGUACGCCCCAGGCAGAAGAGACAGCUCGAGAGAGGUCCCCGAGGGCUUUAGGAGGGUAGCGGCUGAGCAGCAGCUGCAGCAGAAGCAGCAGCUGCAGCAGCAGCAGCAGCUGCUGCUGCAGCAGAAGCAGCAGCUGCAGCAGCAGCAGCAGCGAGAGCUGCUGCAGUGUGUGUGCUGGGCUCAGCAGCCGCAGACCCCCGUUGCUCCGCUUUUUACAGUUGGCUCAGAGUGUGCUGCUGCUUCGAACGGGCCUCCUGCUGCUGCUGCUGCAGCCCCCGCGCAGCAGCAGCAGCAGCAGCAGCAGGAGCGGCUGCUGCUGCUGCUGCGUCUUACACGCUUUUGCUGCAGCCAAGGCAGCCUCGAACUUCCCUCUUUGUUGCAGCGGGCCCUAGCAGCAGCAGCUGCUGCAGGGGCCCCCCGUCUGCCCCUCACUGCAGCAGCAGCAGCAGCAGCAGCAGCAGCAGCAGCAGCGAACACCGGAGAAGCAGCAGCAGCAGCAGAUGCAGAGGCCUGCAGCAGCAGCAGCAGCAGCAGCAGCAGCAGCAGCAGCAGCACGCAGCUGCAGCAGCAGCAGUCGCAGAGUCCCAGUAGCAGCUGCUGCUGCGCUCAAGGCGAGCGCAAUGCGACCUGCAUGUCUGCCUCCGCCAGCUGCCCCGGUCUUUUCGUAGUUGCUGCUGCUGCUGCAGCAGCAGCAGCGCAGCAGCAGCAGCAGGAGCACGACGGCGAGUGUCGCAGCAGCAGCGACGGCUACAGCGCCGCCUCCGCGGCCUCGCUAGCAGCAGCGUCGGGCGCAACAGCAGCAACAGCAGCAACAGCAGCAGCAGCAGCAGCAGCAGCAGCAGAAGAUGGCCACAGCCUCUCUCUCUGGAGCAGCUUUUGCCUGGGGGCCCCCUCGCUGCUGUCUUUGCCCACAACUUGUCCCUCGGGGGGCCCCUCGGGUUGUGGGGAGACCCAAAGCCCCAGGGGUUCGGAUUUGGGGGCCCCCCCCGAGGGGCCCCCCCUGGAGGCAGCGGGAGAAGCAGCAGCAAGAAGGGCCCCCGCAGCAGCAGCAGCAGCAGCAGCAGCAGCAGCAGCAGCAGCAGAGCCGCUCUCCGAGGGCGCGGCGGACGAGGGGGCCCCUGGGGGGGGCCCCUUCGGGGGCCCCGUGGAGACGGAGAGGCCGGGGGGGCUGCUGCAGCGGCAGCACUCCGCUGCAGCAGCAGCGCAGCAGCAGCAGCAGCAGCAGCAGCAGCAGCAAAGCCACUUCUUGCGGCGGCCGGAGCGGCGGCUGCGCACAGAGCCCUCGAGGGCCCCCAGCAGCAGCAACUUCUUCAUGCGGCUGAUUCGGUCUUUGAGCAGAAGCAGCAACGACAUGGCUGCUGCUGCAGCAGAGCAGCAGCAGCAGCAGCAGCAGCAGCAGCAGCAGGGUCGCCGCCACGCGCGCCGCAUGGACUCCGCGACCAGCACGAACAGCAUCAGCAGCAGCAACAACAGCAGCAGCAGCAGCAGCAGCAGCAGCAGCAGCAGCAGUUUGUCUUCUGUGAAGUGUUUGGCCCGCCGCUGCGUCCCCCGCCGGCUGGUCUACGCGGCCCCGGGGGCCCCCCUGGGGUGA